GGUGUCAGUUGUUGAAAGACAGAGGUCAGUCUGUGGUGGGUUAUGAGCCAGAGUGCCAGGUGGAUGGAAGGCUGUUCUCCCCGCUGCAGUGUGACCAGACACACUGCUGGUGUGUGUCUCAGACAGAUGGACAGGAGCUGCCUGGAACCAGGACCCCACGCGGCACCGGGAAGACCCCAGCCUGUGACAGUCCCAGUGUCCCUCUCCGUUCUCUGACAUCACCGUUACCCACGGUGACGUGGUCUGUCGCUCUGACGUGAUUGGUGGCCAGCAGAACUGUGCCCUCAUCUGUCACCUGGGUUACGAAAGCACACUUCCUGUAAACAUGCAGUUACUGUGUGACGUGGAGACCAGAACCUGGGUGACAGAGGCCCCACUUCCUCAAGCCUGUCAGAGACUUCAGGUGCUGCAAACCGUCCAGACCUCUGUGGUGCUCCAGCUGCCCUGCCUCCAGGCCAGGGAUCCUGCAGCUCCUCCCUUCACUCCAGCCUGCAGCCUCUCUACUCUACGACAUGAGGGCAAGGGUCUCUGCAGCCUGCAGCUGAUGUUCAGCUCUGUGUCAGUGUGUGAUGAGUCGUCCGUCUCUGUAGAGUGUGUGAGUGAGGAAAGUGCCAGUGUUCAGGUCAGCUGGAGGCGCUCUUCUCUCAGACCUUGCCUGUCUCUGUUCUGCCGGACCUGCAUGACGUCGACGUGGCUCUCAGUGAGGAGAGGCUGUUGGAUGGCUGCUAGGCCUGAUGGGUAGUGACCCCUACCGCUCCCUCUUGACCUCUGAACCCAGAGUCCUUCUACCUCAGCACCCAACUUUGGCUGUUCCCAUGGCUACCAGCGUGUUGGAACAGGAUGUGUGGUGUGUCCUGCGGGUAUGUUUUCCAGUGGAGGUGCGUGUUCGCCUUGUCCUCAGGGCUCCUACCAAGACCAGGAGGGGUCAGACUUCUGUACCAUGUGUCCUAAAGGCACGUCCACUGCCGGAGCUUCCACUGCCACA